CAGGUAAACCGCCCGUGUCCUUUCCCAGCAACGUGCAAUGCUAGUCUUGGGAGCGCUGCGAGGCCGUGCACACGCAGUUCAAGCAUCGCCGGGGAAAUUGAUUAGACACGUUCCGGAAUCAGAGCACAAAGUUUGUUCUUAACAAUCGCUGUUUCGAUCGAAGAAGUUCCACAGCAAUAUUUUUGUCCAUCGUCUAAGCAGCUUAACAUAUUUGUUUAAAUUAUUAGAAAUUAGCAAAGCUAGCAAAGAAGUAUUUCUAUAAAAAAAAAAACGUAAAAAAUUACAAGAAAGAACAAGAAAAGUAACAGUAAAGAUUUUAAUAGCUAGCAGUCCAAUUCCACUUACGCAAGAGCAGGAAAAGAGAAGGAAGGCGAGUUCAAAUGAGCGGCCGGCGCGGCGCCCCCCUCGCCGGCAGGACAAGUGAGGAUCGCUGAGGGGAAGCGGUUGAUCCUCGCGACAACUACCAUGAUCGUGAUGGCGGGUUGACACGGGUCCUUCGCUCGCUCCAUCUCAUUCCCCUACAGUCUCUUAUGCCUCACCAUCUGUCUGCUUCACCAUCUGUCCAACUACCUCCUCUCCUACCGGACUAUGCUUCCUCCUCAUCCCCAGCUUCUUGAGUGUAGACCUGCUCCUCUCACACAAUCUGGCUGCCAGACUACUAUCUUAAGAAGAUAUACUACAUCAUCUGAUAACUUGUCUUGGCUUCUCUUGUGCUAUGUUUGAUAACAUGUUCAACUCUGAAAAAAAUAUAUUAUUUUCUAUAUGUUUGUAUGACUAGUAUUGAUGUAUAGCUUUACUUCUGUAAACUUGGUUCUUUGUUUUGUUUUGUUUUCAACAAAAGGGUUUUCUCUUCUUUAUUGAUUUUGGCAUUCACAUAUUAACUUGCUUUAUAUUGAGUUUGCCCAGCCUUUUGUGGCUACUCAUUAAUGAUACAUAAGCUAAUAUGAUGAUAUGACAUUUUCUACUCUUCUCUGUCUUGGUUAGGAAACUGCAGUCUUUCUUUUCCCUCAUUAUUCCCUCACAAGAUAGUGAUAUUGUAAAUAUGCAUAGAGGUGUAUGAUAUGCAUACAUGAUUCAUAUAACUAAAGAAUCACUCAGACCCUCAUUGUUGCAUAAUUUUUAAAGUGAAAACUUUCAAUAUCACCAAGAUGAUUGCUCAAGUAGUGUCUUGUCUUUGUACAUCUCCUGUCAUCUUGCUAGUGGUGGUGCUGUCACUUGCUGUUUUCUGUAUGAGACGAAUCUACAGUUUCUGGGAAAUGCGUGGGGUCACUGGGCCAAAGCCAGUUUGGAUCAUUGGAAAUAUGUAUGCAAGGCUACGACCUACACACUCAAUGGCAGAGUUUGAUCAGAUGUUGUAUGAGAGGUAUGGAGGCAAGAGAUAUUGCGGGUACUAUGAAUUCACUCAACCUUGUCUCAUGGUUGGUGAUCCAGAACUAUUGAAGCAUGUGAUGGUGAAGGAUUUUGAUCACUUUACUGAUCGAAGUUUUGUCACAUUCAACGAACCUGUAAUGGAUCACAUGCUUCUGGGUCUAAAAGGCAAAGUGUGGAAGGCUGUGCGCUCUGUCAUGACCCCAACCUUCAGCUCUGGCAAAAUCAAGCAGACGCUACAGUUGGUUAAGGAUUGUGCGAAGAACCUUGUGGUUUACUUUGACAAGGAGCUUGAAAAGGGAUCAUCGACAUUUGAGAUGAAGGAUGUGUAUGGCAUGUUCACAAUGGACACAAUUGCUAGUAUUGCAUUUGGUGUUAACAGUGACUCUCUCAACAAUACUCAGGAUGAGUUCUCAGCUGCUGCUGCACGGUUCUUCUCUCCACCUCCAAGGUGGAAGCGACCCAUUAUGUUCUUCCAGUUCCUCUGGCCUCAGAUUGCUAAGGCAUUGAGACUAAAUGUUAUUGACAGAACACCAAUCCACUUCUUUACUAAGGUCGUGUCAGAUACAAUUCGUUACCGCCUAGAAAACAAUCUGCGGAGGAAUGACUUCCUUCAACUUCUCCUGGAUGCUCGUCUUCAAGAACAGACCAAUAACAAUAAAGGAAAUGGGAGCACAGACAUAAAUUCCAAGAAGGCCAGUAAUGAAGUUCUCAAUGAGCUAGUGAUUACUGCACAGUGUGUUUUGUUCUACAUUGCUGGGUAUGACACUACAGCAACCACCCUAAGUUUUCUGUCAUAUUGUCUGGCUCUUCAUCCCAGCAUUCAGCAGAAGUGUAUGGAGGAAAUAGAAGAGGUACUUAGGAGGCACAAGGGUGAAAUUACAUAUGAGGCUCUUCAGGAAAUGACCUAUUUGGAUAUGGUCUUUGCAGAGACACUUCGUCUAUACCCACCAGCACCCAGAGUUGAUCGCAAAGUGACAAAGGACUUCACUCUCCCUGAUACAGACCUGAAACUGCAGAAGGGUCAGAAAAUUACCAUUCCCAUAUACAGCAUCCAUCGUGACCCAGAUCACUAUCCAGAUCCUUUGAAGUUUGAUCCAGAACGGUUUUCCUCAGAAAACAAGGCUAUGCGUUCACAGAUGGUAUAUCUGCCUUUUGGUAGUGGUCCUCGCAACUGUAUAGGUAUGAGAUUUGCUCUCAUGGAGGCAAAGGUGGCUGCUGUUUAUCUCUUGCAAGAAUUUGCAUUUAUUCCAAGUAAGAAGACACAAGUCCCCAUAGUUAUUGAACAACGAAGUGGCCUCCUGAAAGCACAGGAUGGCAUUUGGGUUAGACUAGCCAAGAGGACAUCCGACUAAAAGUUUCAGAUAAUAUCAGUGCACUGGUUAGAGGUUUAAAGUUCUUUAAUUUGUGUUGUCAUAAGAGGGUUCAGUGUUUUAUAUUGAAAAGUUUUUAAUGUAGACAGAUACUGUAUGACCUAAAACUACUGUAAAAUAUAACAGAAUUUAUUAGUAAGAGCAUGGAGAUACAUUCAAAAUUUAUCCAUACUCGGAUGAAGAUACAAGUUAACCUAGUUUUAAUUGCCAUUAUAUAGGUGAAUUACAGUAUAGUUAGUCUCUUAUAAAUCAUUUAUCCUCAACACUUGGCUGGAUGCGCCUUCUGAAGUGUUUUAAACAGUAGUGGCACCUGCUUGAUGUCUAGUGCUGUAUAAGACAUUAAAAAAGCCCAUAUUAUAGUUAAUUUAAUAAAGUAUAUCAAUAUUUACUGAAAUGGUGUCUUGGAGCCUGUACUUGAUGCAUAGCUCUUUGAAUAGUCAUAUGUUAGUGGAUAGCUAGGGAAACAGAUCCUGGUAGCCUUUGCCUUAGCAGCACAUUCUACAUCAAUGACCAAGAUAAUUAAGUUAUUGUUUCACAUAUAAAAUGAAAACAAUAGCAUUUCUCGGGAAGUUUGUUAUCCUCAGUCAUUUAUCACUUUUCUAGUUUUCUAAUGUGUUUGUAAUAUUUCACAGAAUUAAUAUUUUCUUUUUACCGGAUGCAUACUAAUGAAGUUUAAUUAUGCAAUGCUGGGUAUCACACAGGGCUCAUAUUUUAAAGAACUAAAUUUUGCUUUGUCAUGGGACAAGACAUUUUCUAGGCCUACAGCUUUUUGAUGUUUGUCGCAUCAGGGAAAUGGAAACCAUGUAGGUUGAAUUCAUUUGUUCUACUUUAUGUUCAUAUGGGUGAGCGUAUACCUGUCUAUCUAUCUAGCUAUCUAUCUACACACACGCACGGACGUACGCACACACAAACACACACAUCCCUCUACCUAGAAUUCAUGACUUAAAAUAUACAAAAAAAAAUUGAAUGUCCUACUGGUGUGUGUGCAUGCGUGCGUGCGUGCAUGGGUGUGUGUGAUGCAUGUAAUACACAAUGACAAACAUUACUUUCUGGCUGUCACCCCAUGUGGACAGGUCCCAUAAUGUUAGGGCUUAAGUCUCUGUGAGCAAGUUUAAGAGUCUUGAGCAUUCUCUAGUGUCUUGCAAUCUAUGGAGGAGGUGAGGUUGCUAUCUGACCUCAAAAUCUACAUUUACCCACACAUGUGGAUAAGUGUACUCCCUCCCCCACCCCCCCCCCCCACACACACACAAAAAUAGAUAAAUGGAUGAAUAAAAAAAUAAGUAAAUAAAUAGGUAAAUAAACAAAUAGGGAAAUAGGUAAAUAAAUUAAUAAAUAAAUGGAUAUAGUUUUCUAACAUCUGAUGGUUAUCAGGUGUGAGUAAUAAGGGGAGCUUCCCACCAUUCACUUAGUUACUUCUUUACCCUAUCCCCAAGUGACUACUGUUCACACUCACCCAACUCCAUAUGGUGUCAAUAAAUAUCAAAUGGGUUUUGGUAUUUUCAGAAAGUAAAACAUCUUUUCUGAAAAAAUGGAUUUAUUGUUUCCAUUUAGAGGUGCUGUGACAGUUAGCUUUAACGAGUUUGCAAGGGGUUAAUGAACAUUUUCCCAGAGUAUUAAUAAUUAAGCAAAUUAAUUUAAGUAUGGGAGUGGCAUGGAGACAUAUAUAAUAUUUUCUUUGUUUCUUUCCUUGUUAUAAAGGUAGUUCUAUUUACUGAAAAAUAUGUGCAGUUCACAAUGUAGUUUUAUUUAUUUGAACUAAAUUACUGAAGGAACUAUUUUUUUUUUUUUUUUUUUUUUUUUUUUUCACAUCUCUAUAUUCUAGCUUUUAUAGUCUCUGUGCUAUUAUGUCAUUCAUUAUUUAACUGGGGUCAUAGAUUUUUCCCUGAAGCUCAUAUGUAAUAAAGAAACAAGUAGAACCAAAAUUUUAUGAGCACAGAACCAACAUACUGCAUUGGCCAAAGACUGUAGGUAAGCUAAGAGUAAUUUUUGUCUGGUCUCAUUAUAAAAAAUGUCGCAUAUCACAAGUGAAAAAACAGACAAUUUUAGUUCUUUUCAGUGUAAGUCUUGGUAGCUUUACUAACAUGGGCACUGACAAAUUUGCAAGUGUGAUACCCAUUUAAAUAUUAAUUUUUUCCAUCAGCAUAAUUUUAAAAUAUUUGUUAUAGCUUUAUAUGACUUUAGUGUGCAAGAAUAUUAGUACCAUUGUUAUUGCUUCCUUUGAAGUAUAAUCAAGAAGUUGAGAAGCGAAUUACAAUACAGAACAUUUUACAUGUGUUAAACCUUGAAGUACAGUGAACAUUGAUAUACGGCUAUAAAACAACAGGCAUUAAAAACAUAUAUAUAAAUGUAUAAAAAUUGUAGUGUCUGUUGGUGUGAUGAACACUAAGUUGCCUGAAUUAAAUAUGCUGUUUGAAUAGCAUAUUGUAUAGUAUAAUGUAUUGCCAGAUUAGUAGCAAAUCAAAUGCUGUGAGGAUACAUAAAGCUAGUUAUAAGAUCUGACAGGGUUAACAUGAUACCUGAAUAGCUGGCAGAAUGCAAGGGCAAGGGAGAAAUUUGUAUACUGCUAUGGACUCAUAGUGAGAUGACUGCACAUAAAUCUGUACCUCUCUGAAGGGAGUGGUAGCUUUCUUGAUAAGAGCAUUGUGUAUGCUUUUCAUACCUCAAAAACAGAAAUGACAAUAGUAAGUAACAAAAACAGAUGAAGUGUAGUUGAUGGCCAGACUAGUUGACCUUAAUUGUAAAUAUGCCAAAUACAGAAUAAUGCCUAGUUUCUUGGCCUCAUAUACAGAUUUAAAAAAAAUGUAGAAAGCCAUUCAAAAUCCAAGACCAAGAUAAUGUUGAAGAUAGUUAGCCAUUUCUUAUUAUGUGCUGUCUCCUAACUUCCCCAAAAAUUUUGUGAUAAAUCUUCAGAAUCAGUCAGAGCUACCUGCUACAUUUCUACAUUUAAGAGGUAUGAACUGUUUAUUUUUAUUCAUUUAUUUUGAUAUGCAAAAUUCUCAGUGAACAAGUUGGAACUAUUGGCAGUACAACAGUGGUUAAUGGUUACUUACAAAAUCAGUACACUGUGUUGUAUUAGAAUCCAUGUCCUUGUUAUUAUGUUUAACCCCUUGGUGACGGGUGAAGAAAACUAAAAAAAAAAAAAAAACUAUGCUAUGGCGAUCAAUGGCAACGCGCCGACUUUGAGCGGAGGAGUUCUGUACAUCAAGCCAAAAUCACCGCCUCGGAGCGCUUUGGCGUGCCGCCGUGGCAUACAGCUGCACGCCACAUUUCAAAUGGUUUGUUAUGACGUCUAGAGAUGUGACCCGUCGUGAAGGGGUUAAAUUACAAUAAUUUGGUCUUCUACUUGCGACUAGAAAUAUUAUUAUUCGUGAUGAUUCAACUCCUUGGUGACAGGUGUAGAGAACUAAAAAAAACUCUAUGCUCUGGCGACCAAUGGCAAUGUGCGGACUUUGAGCGCAGGAGUUCGGUACAUCAAGCCGAAUCACUGCCUCAGAGCGCUUUGGCGCGCCGCUGCAGCAUACAGCCGCAUGCCACAUUUUAAACAGUUUGUUUUCACAUCUAUAGAUGUGACCCGUCGGGAAGGGGUUAAUCAGUCAUCUUUUCAUCACUAACUGUUUCAUGCCAUACAUUUACAGCACAUGUAUACAUACAUCAGUCUAUUUAGUUAUAUGAAUUAUGCAAGAUGAUGGUGAAAUACAAAUGAUUCUUGAAAUAAAGAUUGCUUUUUGAAAACAAAUGGCAGAAUUGCAAUUUCUGUGGGCCAUAUGUGCUAUUUCUGCCCCUGCCUUAAUUCAUACUGAAUUGCUUAUAACUCUUAUCAGAUAUAUUGACUAACUGAAGAUACUCUAUGCAUCUAUAUCAGAUCAUAUCCAUCGUAUGUUUAGAAUCAUCUUGAAAAGAAGUAUGAAUAGUUGCACAGGAGUCCCGUCCUUUGACUCAAAUCUUGGAACUCCUCACAAGUGAAACAUGACCACAACUGGCUUCAAACAAAUAUUGGCUCAUUUUUAUAUGGUGUUUGUGUGUACUCAGUUCACAGAAUGUAAGUUUCCAAGUUUAUGCUGCAUUUUCUAUUGUUAAAAGUGCUAGAAAACUGAAUAUCUUUAGUAGUUAGACUGAUUGUAAUGAGCUAUGUUUUACAAAGAAUGUGAUGUAGAAAGCUGUCUGUGACAUAACUACCUUGCUUCUUUAAUAGCUGUCAGUAUAUCUUCAGCAUUCUUCAAAUUUAAAUCUAAUAGUUUUAAAAAAUGUUUCAGGUAGACAGCAGUUUGAAGAUAUGCAUUGUAUGUUCAGAUCAUAAUUGCUAAGUUGCUACAUGUGUAUGCUUAUGCAUACCUUUUCAUGCUCGCACAACCACAUUCAUACAUGUAUGUGCACACUUAAACAUGCAUAUUCCAAUCCACAUACUAAUAAAUAUUGUUUAUAAAUAUCUUUAUCCCAUUAUUCAUCAAUCCAGAAUUUAGUCUUUUGGAACAUAUCUCUGCAGUCUACUGUGUGUUUUAUCUAUUUCUCAAUAUGUAUAUAUAUAAAUUUUAGAUGUAUUCAUGUAUGUACAUCCCUCCAUACAUCCAUAUGAUUUAUAGGUAAACACACACAUAGUAUCUUAAGGCAAAUAAAAAAGAGAUUUUUUUGUUCAUUAAAUCUUUAUCCUCUAGUGAUUAGCUUCAGUCACUUGGAUGAACUGAAUAUGUAAAGACCAAUAUCCCCUCUCCCACCACAUCUCUAUCUUGUGUAACGAACUAUGCAAAGGGACAAAGUCUCUACUGGUUGUUAAACUAUGCAAUAAUACUGUCUGCAAGUGUCCAUUGUUAUCAUGUGUGGUGCAUCCAAGAAGUGUGUCUUAACCUGACAUCAUAUAAUUGAGACAUGGAUUAAUAUGUACUUUACAUGUGAUAAUUUUCCAUCACAUGGGGCAUAUUAUCUGUAAUAUAGGUGAUGUGUGUAUAUACCCAUGUAUUUUAUCAGAGAAGGCUUCUCUGAUGCACCCUUCCAAUGGUGAUUUCGGUAGCUAGCCAGGGACAUUCAGACUGCAUAGCAUUAUCUGAAAAAGUUUCCAGCUGGCUAUUCACAUUCCAAACUCGUCGAACAAGGGAUUAGCACGACUUGUCCCAACAACAAAGCUGUUUUCUGAUUGUUGAUUAUGUUAUAAAUAAGAAUAUGUAUAUUCCAGAUUGUACACAAUUAUGUGCUGGUACCUGUGAUCAUGUGAUAUUCAGUAUUUUGACUGCAGACUUUCAUGGAAAGAUUAAUAAACUAAAUCCAUGAGACUAAGACUGUUGAUGUGUUUGAUAUGGAUAUUGCAUUUGUUGUUGCAGGAUAUAGAAAUUAUUCAACCAGAUUUACAUAAUUUUAAGAAUUGUAGUUACUUGUUUAUUAGUAGGCAUUCAAGGACUGCCUAGAUAGAAAAUUGAUGUGCUUGAUAAUAUUCAUGGUAGGAUGAUAUGAUAGAGCAGGAAUUUAUUUAGAUGCAUUUCUUUCCACAUAUAUAUAUAUAGGUAAUGCAAUCACAGUGGUUACGUGAUUAAGAUGCUUCAAUGUUUGACUGGAAUGCAUUAAUGAGAGAUGUUUGCAUGUCAUGAUAAUUUUAUUAUUAGAAGAAUAACAUGCAUACAUGCACACGCACACGCACACGCACACGCACACGCACAUGCACA